AUGGCGGUUCUCUUUCUCUUAGCAGCUUUGCUGCAAGAGCCAGUUUCAAGCACCUUGUACGGAUCCAGGUUUCUGACAGGUGAAGUUGGAGGAUCUGUCACCCAUCAGUGCUUCUACUCCAUCACACCAGCCAACAAACACGACCGAAAAUACUGGUGCAAAACAGCAAAAAGCGGAACUUGCUACACCAUCAUUUCUACAACCGGCUACACCUCAAAAGACCAUGUGGGGCGCGUGUCUCUCAAGGAUAUCCCCCAGAACGGCACCUUCACGGUGACAAUGACAGAGCUGAAGAAGAACGACACAGGGACCUACCGAUGUGGCAUCGGCACCACCAACAGCGACCUGUAUGUCCGCCUGAACCUGACAGUUUUGGCAGAUGCUGGCACGUUGGGGCCGACCGAGAUCAUCUGGGGGGAGCUCCGUGGCUCUGUCACGGAGAGCUCUGGAGCUUUCAAAAUCUUGAUAAAUGACUUAAAAAAGGAAGACUCGGGGCUGUAUAGGUGUGGGACAGGAAGGCUCAGUGGCCAGGACAGCCCAUGGAUGGUGGCUCUGCGGGUGACCACAGCCUCCACCCUUCCCAAGAGACCAAAAUUUCUCAGCGGCACAGUCGGAGGCUCGCUGUCUGUGAAGUGCCACUAUGAUCCCAAGGGCAACUAUGAGAAGAAGUAUUUGUGCAGGUGGGAAGAAGCCAGAUGCUCGCUGCUCGUGGAUGCCGAUGGGUUUGUGCACGAGUCCUACAAAGGGCGAAUACAAAUAGCCAGCACCGACCAGGAAAAUGGGACUUACACAGUGGUGAUGAGCCACCUGAGAGAGGAGGAUGCAGGAUGGUACUGGUGCGGGGCUAAAAACGGGCACACAGAGCACACAUCCUCUGUGAAGCUGCUCAUCCAGAAGGCCGCCUCCAGCCCACCCACGCAGAGGAGCUCCACGGCCCUGAUGUGCACGACGGGCACUGCCACCGAGACCACCAGCACCCUGCUGCCCACUGCCCGCCCCGGCACCUUUGUAACCUCCCCGAGUGGAAUCUAUCACGAGAGCUCAUCAGGUGACUCGCGCCUGCUCCCAGUUGUGUUGCCAGCUCUCAUUUUACUGAUCGUCAUCACUAUCGCUAUUCUCAUCCUGACCAAAAUAAAGCUUCAAAAGAAGAUGGAGAUAAAUUUGGGGGCAAAAACCUUCAGCGACAACAGAGGAGAAGAAGGAAGUGCCGCAGGAAACCUGGAAGCAGCGCCGAUUCGGGAUGGUCUGAACCCUGUGAAAGAGGAAACGAUGGAGGAAGCCUCGAAAAAGUGCAGAAAUGCAGGACAGACUCUGGCCAAUGUAGAUGGGAAUUUUCUGGAACUGGCACUGCAAGCGUCGUCUCCCUUGGUAGAAGAUAAUAAAACCAAAUUUUAA